CAAAAUAAAAGCAGUGCAAGGGUUGUGGAAAAGAGGGAAACAUGCACGCUGAACUUCCUUGUGCGAUCACAUGAGAAUCACACCUUUCAUUCGGUGAGAGUAUGUGUGCUUUGACAUUCUCGCAAUGCAGCAUACCGGCACAAUGACAGCGGCCGCGCGCAUCUUGUUCUUUACACUUCUGAAUGCGCUGUGUUUCUACGGUGCAUUCGGUGACACUUGUCCAUGCAAGGAGCAGGAACUUUGUCAACAAAUUAAAAAUGAGACAAAAUUUGAGGUCUUUGUGUUCGAUGUCGGGGGACAGGCAUGGAGGUAUUAUGACUGGUCCAAAGUGACAACUAUCGCCGCUUUUGGGCAGUAUGACCCCGAGUUAAUGUGUUUUGCGCAUUCUAAAGGUGCCAGGCUUGUCCUCAAAGGAGAUGUGUCUGUGUCAGCAAUGGUAGAUCCCACCAACAGGACUACCUGGAUCAAGGAGAAAGUGACUUUGGCAAAGAAACAGUUCAUGGAUGGCAUCAAUAUAGACAUAGAGCAGGCAGUUGAGGACCAGUCGCCAGAAUUUUUUGCUUUGACAUCACUGGUCAAAGAGACCACCGAAGCAUUUCACAGAGAGAUUCCUGGUUCCCAGGUAUCUUUUGAUGUGGCUUGGUCUCCCAAAUGCAUUGACAAACGUUGCUAUGACUACAAAGGCAUUGCAGAUGCUUGUGAUCUGCUUUUUGUGAUGUCUUACGAUGAGCAGAGUCAGAUUUGGGGUGAUUGUAUCGCCAUGGCUAAUGCGCCUUAUGACCAGACACUGACAGCUUAUGAUCAGUACAUUAAGAUGAAGAUUGAUCCAAAGAAACUUGUGAUGGGUGUGCCAUGGUAUGGCUAUGAUUACCCUUGUCUCAGCUUCUCACAGGCGGGUGUAUGCAGCAUCCAGGAGGUGCCUUUUCGAGGAGCCCCCUGCAGUGACGCAGCAGGACGCCAGAUACCCUACAGCGACAUGAUGAAGCAGGUCAAUAGCUCCAUGUCAGGAAGGAUCUGGGACAAGAAGCAGCAGGCCCCAUAUUACAACUACAAGGCGGCAGGGGGUCAGGUGCACCAGGUGUGGUAUGAUGACCCCCAGAGCAUCUCUCUCAAGGCGGCCUACGUCACCAAGCUGGGCCUCAGGGGCAUCGGCAUGUGGAACGGCAACAUUCUGGACUACAGCAACAACCCCGUUGCCCAGCAACAGACCCAAGACAUGUGGGAUGCCCUGAUGACAGCCAGGGACACUGUGUCAAGUGGAGUUGCCCCUGAGAGCAGCAGUAGGCCUAUGCCUCACGAUCAGCAGGCCACUUAGUGUACGGAGCUGGAUGAACAGUACAGUCAUACUCAUGGCUGUCUACUGUACUUUAAUUUUAAGCAGCUGCCUUAUCCAGUCAGUUUUACAUUACAAUACAAUACAAUAAUAUUGUAAAUAGUCUUGAUUAUUGCAUUCUUCCAAAUGGAAAUUCAUGUUGUUGUUGUAAUAGCAGUCAAUAGCAGGCCUACAGAUCACCAGCUUUUUGAUAAAUGAAUAAAAUCUCUAACAAAACCUUCAA